GGACAUCUGACAAUAUCACGCGUAACCAGCCUCAACUAUUUAUUGCACGCUCUUUAUUUCUCUGGCUUUACUGCUGAGCAAGUGCUCAGGCGCUUUUACGCACAGAAUGGCGCUCCGGGACUACCGCAUCAUCACUGCGCUCGUGCUGCUGGUACUGGCUAUAGUCGGGAUUGUCCUUCUUGUCUUUCCUGCAAAGGACAUGGAGAACCCCCCCGAAAACAUGUUUGGAAUUGUUCUGGAUGCAGGCUCGUCCCACACCUCCAUGUACAUCUACAAAUGGCUGGCUGAUAAGCAAAAUGACACUGGUAUUGUUACCCAGCACAGCGAGUGUCAUGCAAAAGGUGGAGGGAUAUCUAGCUAUGCAGGUGUCCGUGGUGGGGCAGCAGGAAGUCUGAAAGACUGUCUGAAACAGGCUGUGAAGGAUAUCCCAAAAUCCAGGCACCACCAAACUCCGCUCUAUCUGGGAGCCACUGCCGGCAUGAGACUCUUGGGCAAAGUCAAUGCCACUGAGUCCAAACGGGUACUGAAGGAAGUGGAAAAAGAAAUGCGGUCUUGCCCUUUCAAAUUCAAAGAGGCAGCCAUCCUGAGUGGACAGGAGGAGGGGGCAUACGGCUGGGUCACAGUCAACUACCUGCUGGAAAACUUUGCUAAGUAUGGUUUUGUUGGCCGUUGGCUGAAUCCAGGAAGACAGACGAUUGGAGCGUUGGAUUUAGGCGGAGCUUCCACACAGAUUGCUUUUGAGACAUCAGAAGUGGUGGAGGACAAGGAUAAUGUGAUGGAGCUGAAGCUUUAUGGAAAAACCUACAGACUGUAUACCCAGAGCUUCCUGUGCUAUGGCCAAGACCAGUUCCUGCGCAAACUGCUGGCUCAUCUGAUCACGACUCAAGGUGUAAAGACCCAAGUGUCCCAUCCCUGCUACCCUCAACAGUAUAACACAUCGGUGAAGCUGGGGCACGAUGUCUUUGAUUCUCCCUGCACUCAGAGCUACAAACCAGCCAGCUUUGACCCCCAGAAGUCGGUAAGAGUAGUGGGGACAGGAGACUACAGGAGCUGCCUGGACAGUGUAACAAAGCUGUUCUCCUUCGAGAACUGCUCUUACUCCAAGUGCUCCUUUAAUGGAGUCUUCCAGCCCAACGUGACAGGAAACUUCAUGGCAUUCUCUGCUUUCUUCUUCACUCAUAAAUACAUCAACAGCCUCACCAAUAUUCCCAUCACCUCCCCCAGUCGACUGAAGGAGGCCAUCCAACUCAUCUGCAACAUGACCAUCUCUGAGAUGACAGCCAAGACAAAGCAGUCAGAGAAAUACAUGAAAAAUGUCUGCGCUGUCUCCAAUUUCGUCCAGGUCCUCUUACUGCAGGGCUACGGUUUCAAUAACCACUCCCUUCCAUCCAUCUCUUUCGAGAAACAGGCAGGAGGAGCCUCAGUAGGCUGGGCUCUGGGGUACAUGCUUAGUCUGAGCAGUAUGAUCCCAGGUGAGAGACUUGGGCUGAUGAAGGCUCUGCCCCUAGGGCCCUGGGCUGGCAUUCUCUUCCUCUUCAUCACCCUCCUCUUCAUUGCACUGGGAUACCUUCUGAUGAUCUACAGAAGCACCAAAUCUAAAGAAGGGAUAGUGUAAGAGCAAGGGGGACACCCCCCCAGUCCAAUUCAUACUUAGAGUAUAGACAUGUCCGUCUAAAAUGUUCAAUGUCUUGACAAAAAAAAAUCUUGGUUCUGCUAUUGUUUCUGUAUUUAGGUGGAAUCACUAUACUUUUGCCUGCUCAAUUCUAUUUGCAAUUCCUCCUCUCUUCCACUUGCUAGUGGAGAACAGCUUUUGUGUGUGUAAAAUUUAACUACGGAAUAAACCAUGUUUUGCUAUGA